AUGUUCACCGUGUACUGCAGGUUGUGUUUGAAUCCUUCCCCGUUGAACGAAAUCGUUUCACUGUUUGAUACAUACAAAGGCUUCACUAUACGCGAUGCUUUGUUGGAGUUGUUUCAAAUUGAGAUACUUCCCACGGAAAUGCUAUCCACUAUCUGCAAGAAAUGUGUUGCAAAAGUCUGUACCGUACGGGACAUUCGAGAAGAAUUUAUCACACAGGAUCUCAAAUAUCAGCAAAUGAUCAGCAGUUCCAGUAAGGAAGAAUCGCUCUCAGUACAGCAACAAACUAUAUCCAAACCAUCGCAAACUACCGCUGAACCUUCUCCCGAGGCUGAAAGCACCACUGAAGAACAACAAUCUAAGCAAGAAGAGGCUAAUGGAAGUGUCGAAUGUUUAGAGUUAAGCGAAGAGAAAGAAAAAGUAACUUCGGACAAUGGUGAUAGUAAUUCCAUCGUCUACUAUGUAGAGCAAUCAAACGAUGCAGACGGACAGGAUACACCACAGUCAGAAUUUGAAGUGACGCUAGUGCCCGGAAGUUCUGGAAAGUCACCGGUUCGAUUUAAAAUAGCCAAUUGCCUUGCGCGGGACGGGUAUGACAGCGAAGAAGUAGAUGUUUUGGAAGCGAAAAACGAUGAAGAUAAUGCCAGCGUUCAAGCAUACUGCACAUAUUCGAAAGAUAUUGCCGAUCCAUCGGAAGCGCAACCCGGUGGAAAAGAAACAGUGGAUUGUACGAACUUGUACAUCUGUGAAUGGUGUGAUACAUACUUCGACACACACGAAGCGUACAUGGCGCAUGUUUGUACGGAACGGGUGGAAGCAACCGAAACACACGAAAGCCAAAGCAAAAAGCGACCGUUAGUGGGUAGGGCAAACAAAAGAGCCCUUCCAAAAACAACAGUCUGUCCACACUGUUCGGAAGUGUUCAACAUGGACAAACAUCUGGUCCAGCACAUGAAGUUAACGCAUCCGGAUCAGGUUGAAAUUAUCAACUGCACUGAAUGCACCGAACAGUUCGCUACAUCCGAUGCUCUCUACGAACACGAACGGUUACGACACCGAACCGGUCAUCAGUGUAAGUUUUGCGGAAAGGAACUACCGAACGCUUUCGCGCUGCAAAGUCACGAAAAUGUUCACACCAAGCGGCAAACGUUCAGCUGCCCAGUGUGUAAUAAAAGAUUUUCCCAGUACAGCAGCAUGUGGCGUCAUAGGUUGAUACAUGACGAUAUAAAAGCGUACGAGUGUGACGUGUGUCAGCGUCGGUUCCGGCAACGGACUGUUAUGCUAGCGCACCGUCUGGUACACACCGGAGAGAAACCGUACACAUGCGGGAUUUGCGAUAAAUCCUUCCGAGAUCGUAGCACACUGGCAAGGCACGGACAAGUACAUACAAGAUUAAGGGUGUUAAGGAAAAAGGAAAACAUGGCAUCAACCGAAGUUUGA